GUUUUUGAGUAUCGUGUUCAAAGUAAAAAACAAGCCAAAAAUUGAACCUCUUUGACAAGAAUUGGGGAAUUUUCGUGCGAGUAUGUGGCGGCAACCCUGGCUGUCAUUGUUUGUGGUAUAUUUACAAAUACCAAAAUUCGAACCAUUUUGUACAAUUUCACCCAAAACCACUCAAACAUCGCUUAAAAAUGCACUAACUAAUUACAGCUAGUGAAUUCAUAACUGAAUUCAAAAGUGAAAAGUUUGAGUUCUAUCAAUCUCUACUAGACAAUCAAAAUGUCAAUUCUGGAAUACGCAGAGGCAUUUUCCACCCCCAAAAAAGCGUGCCCCUAUUUUACAUCCUUUUUCAAACGCCACCCACUACCACCAAGUUUCAACUGUGAAAACACCGACAUCGAAACCUACCACUGCAAAGACUGCAAUUUUCAGACACAAUUGACCCUAGUGUUCAAACAACACCUCCAGGAACACGCAGCGACUGUACCGACCGACGAAUUCACAAUCCAGAAAUACGUUUGCGAAAAGUGCGACUUCGAAACGUGUUUUUCGUUGAAAUGGCUCCAACACACGACAACGUGUUUGACAAUGGUUGAAAUCUGGAACACCGACAAAGAUCUGUUGAACGUUUUUACUUUAUACAAGUGCGACCAGUGCGAUUUUAUGACCAAGUAUAAACACUACUUGAAGGAGCACAAAAUGCUUAAACAUUUGAACGACGAUGAGGUGCGUUGGCACCACUGUGCCAACUGUGAAUACAAAUCUAAACUGAAACGGCGCUUAAGGCGGCAUAUGAGUGUACACAGUGUGGAUAAAAGCGGGCACCGGUGGUACAAAUGCAAACAGUGUACAUUUAAAAGUAGACAAAAGUGCGAGGCUAAGUUUCACCAUUCGAACGACUUAAGUGUUAAAUGGCACCAGUGUAAGUUGUGUCGCUACAAGUGUAAAAAAAAGUCGACUUUAAACAGACACAUCAACGUACACUUGUGCGAAAAAGACGUUAAGUGGUUCGAAUGCGACCACUGCCCACACCGAGCUAAAGACAAUUUUUCUCUGCAACGACACGUGAAACUGCGCCAUUUAAACGAACAAGAGAUUAAGUGGCACGAAUGCCAGAAGUGCCCCUACAAAGCUAAAGACUUUUUCAUUUUAAGCAGACACAUACGAGUGCGGCAUUUGGCCGAGCACGACAUUAAAUGGCACGAAUGCCAGAAGUGCGACUACAGAGCCAAAGACAACUCAACUUUGAAAAGACACGUAAGUCUGAGGCAUUUGGACGAAGGCGAUAUUAAGUGGCACCAGUGCCAAGACUGCCAAUUUAAAACUAAGUUAGCGUCGACUUUGAAGCGCCACGUGUCUCGACACCACGUGGACGAAAAGGACAUGAAAUGGUACAAGUGCGACAAGUGCCCAUACAAAGCUAAAGCUAGCUAUAGUUUGAAAGUCCACAUAAACACCCACCAUUUGGACGGCCCGGAAGUCACGUGGUACGAAUGCGAAAAGUGCCCAUUUAAAACGAAAAAUAAGAUUUGUUUGAAGAAUCACGUAAACGCGUAUCAUUUAAAAGACGGCGAUAUUAAAUGGUAUGAAUGUAAACAAUGUCCGUAUAAAGGUAAACAGUAUUCGACUUUGAAAAAGCACGUAAAGAAUAAGCAUGCGGUGUAGAUUGUUGUGAAUACAUGUGUGUAUUGUGUGUUGCAUACAUCAUUAAAUGGGUGUUUCUUAAUCAUAAGAAAACUAUUAUUUUUGUUAUCAGUGGGGUACCACGUGGUAGGUUGUAAAGUUUUAAACGAAAAA